UGGGGUUUCCCAGGGCAGCAUCACAAACGAAGGCAAAGGCCACAUCCCUCCCAAUUUCUGUGACUUACUCUCGGAUCUUCUUCUCGGAGCCGUCUCUGCCGGGGUCAUAGACUCCUUUGGGAAGGUGCUGGAUGAGGCCGAUCCUCUGCGCUAUCCGGAUCUGCUCCUCUUCCGUCAGCUGCGUGGCCAGGCGAGUCUGGCUCGGCGUGGGGUGAUACACAGGAACAGGCACCUGCUCCUGAUAUGGCGGCGGCGGCUCCUGAUCCGGCUCAGCCCCGUCUCCGUAGCUGGCUCUGUCCGACUGGGACUCGUGCAGCAGCGAGAUGUCAUCCGAGGUGGGGGACUUGAGGCAGUUCCCCAUCUUCCCGGGGGGAGCGCGGCCCCCCCUCCGCCUCCUCCCGCUCCGGCGGCGGAUCCGCGCCCUCAGCCUCCCCGCCGCAGCGCGCAGCCCGCAGCCGCCCCGCCGGGGAGGCUCAUGCCAGCCCCGGCCCUAAGCGGCUUAGCAGCAGCAGCAGCCCGGCCGCCUCCCGCUCCUCUCCGCUCCGCAGCCGCCCCGACCCCCGAGCCGGGGGGGCGGCAGGACGGGCCUCCCACCCCCCGUGGGGCAGCGGGCUCCGGUGGGUCCGCCCGCCCCGCGGCUGCCCGGCGCGGUUCUGCUUCCCGGUCACCAGCUCCCUGCGCACUGAGCUUUGUCGCACGGGCCGCCCUGGCUCCUCCUCUCACCCCUCCCCGCCGGGCCCGGGGAGCAGCCGUGGGGCCUUGCUCGGCUCCGCGCCCCCGGCCCCGCCGCGGGGACAGCCCUGCCCGCCCCCGGCGGGACGAGGCGGGACGGGACAGGACGGACUGGGGGGACCCGGCCGCCUGCUGGSCUCCCCCGGCCCCAAAAUGGUGGGAGCCGCUUCGCUCCGCCCCUGAGCGCGGUGUUUGUUUGUGUUCCGGGCAUGGCGGAGCCAGCGGCCGCUCGGGCCCGGUGGGGCGGGACGGGMCGGGACGGGGCGGCAGCAGCGGGGAUCCCCCGGACCCCCCGACCCACCUCGGCUUGGGGGGGUUUGGGCGAGGCCCAGGGACCUUCCCGAGGGUUCCCCCGCGGGCGGGUCCCCAGGCAGGGAAGGGGGUUCCCUGUGCUGGCCGCUGGCGUGACCCGGGGGGCACGGUCAGUGUAGGGACAGGGCACUGA